GUAGGCCAGUGUUUUUCCUCUUCUUUUUUUUUUUUCAUUUUUCACGGGAAAAAUGUUGGAAUUAGUGCCUCCCGACGGCGAUCACGGCGGAGAAUGCGGCGGCGAAGAGCAACUGUUGUUGAUGGAGACGAACAAUGUCGACCGGUCAUGGAGGUUGAACUUCGAUGAACUACGGUUAUCGUCUGAGAAUAAAGAGAAACCUCUUCCUCAUGGAUUACAUGAUUGUCUCGGUGUAUUGAGUCAAGAAGACAACAUUGCCGUGUACUACCAGCAACAGGUGGAAAUGCUCGAGGGCUUCAAUGAAAUGGAUGCCUUGGCUGAUCGUGGUUUUGUACCUGGGAUGUCAAAGGAAGAGAGGGAAAAAUUGGCCAGAAGUGAAACAACUGCCAUUAGGAUAUCAAAUAUUGCAAACAUGGUUCUAUUUGCCGCUAAAGUAUAUGCAUCUGUCAAGAGUGGUUCAUUGGCCAUCAUAGCAUCCACGUUGGAUUCACUGCUUGAUCUUCUCUCUGGUUUCAUUUUAUGGUUUACAGCUUUCUCUAUGCAGACACCAAACCCGUAUCAAUAUCCUAUCGGGAAGAAGCGUAUGCAGCCUUUGGGAAUCCUUGUAUUUGCUUCUGUCAUGGCGACUUUGGGACUGCAGAUAAUUCUGGAGUCUAUGCGUACACUAAUAUCCGAUGAGUCUAAUUUCAGCCUUACCAAGGAGCAAGAGAGAUGGGUUAUUGGGAUUAUGGUUUUUGUGACUUUGGUGAAACUAGUUUUGGUGUUGUAUUGCCGGUCUUUCACCAAUGAGAUUGUUAAAGCAUAUGCCCAGGAUCAUUUCUUCGAUGUUAUCACAAACGUUAUUGGACUAGUCGCGGCAUUGCUUGCUAACUACUUCAGUGGCUGGAUAGACCCUGUUGGAGCUAUGAUUCUCGCGUUGUAUACCAUUCGAACAUGGUCAAUGACCGUGUUAGAGAACGUGAACUCUCUUGUCGGUAAGGCAGCUGCACCAGAAUAUCUACAGAAGCUGACUUACCUCUGCUGGAACCAUCACAAAGCCAUAAAGCAUAUAGAUACAGUGAGAGCCUAUACAUUUGGUUCUCACUACUUUGUCGAAGUUGAUAUCGUCCUACCUGCAGACAUGCCCUUACAAGAGGCACAUGAUAUCGGUGAGUCAUUGCAGGAGAAACUCGAAUUAUUGCCAGAGAUCGAACGUGCCUUCGUUCAUCUCGACUAUGAAUACAGCCAUAAACCUGAACAUGCACAAGCAUACCUAUAAUCAAAUGGAUAUCGGUAACAUCUUCACUACCUAAUAUUAUAUACCACAAGUUAACUUUGUAAUGCUGUCAAUCUGGUAAUUGCUCUUAAAAGAAAAGCUACUAUUAUCUGGUAGAACAGGGAUUGCUUUAUUCAUAUAUAUAAUACUAGUUUCCGUGCACGCGCGUUGCGCGUGUAAUCCAUGAGUGUAUUAUUUCUUAAAAGAUAAUACUACUAAAUAAUAAAAUAUAUUUAA